GGUCGCGCGGUGCUUACUUGUACAGGGAGCUUAAUCCGCGAUUUGAGUGUUGAUUAUGAGCAAACCGUUAUUUAUAUUAAUUCCUCACCCAAACUGCGGCGCAGACCGAAAAGCUGGGAUGCUAGUUUGAAGACGGGUGGUUAAAUGACUGUUCUCAACCUGAAGGGAAUGGGCUCGUGUCUCAGCUUUUGUUGCAAAGAAGCAAGCAAGCGAACGAGACAUGUCAAGCAAACGAGAUACUUCGAUUCGUCUAGCCUUAUUGAGUUCGAAACACUCAUUGAUGAGGUGAGCGGAAUCUUAUUAUCUGUCGGCUCUUUUCAACCAUCUAAUGAACCCAAAAGUUUGGAUAACGACGCUCCAGCCGUGACCCAAAGCAACGACACCCGUGGUUUGGGUUCCAAACCCUACCGCUUGAACUUUGGGGAGUUGUCCUCGUCAGACGACAGUAUCUUGAACUCCUCGGGAUUCUGUGAUGAUGAUGACGUCCUUAGAAAGUUGGCAUUCCAAGAGGAAACUCUGGAGCUGGAAGAAGAGGCAAAGCAGUGCGAGGAUGUUGGCAGCUUGCCUCCACUUGCUCAGGGACAGAAAGUGGUGGUGCGUGCCAAACUUGCCAAAGACGCCAACUGGACAGGAGCGAUGCAGGACAAGUGGGUUUUGAACGGAGAAGAAGAAAUCCUGAAUGUGGCUCGACUGAAGGACUCAGCACAUCUGAGCAACUGCCCUCUGGUUCACGGGAAGUUUUGGGACAAGGAAAGGGACCGUCUGAAUAGCAGCCCACACUCUUCUAUCGACUUGGAAUGGGAAAAUGAAGUCGGUCUGACGCCGCCCAACCAGUUUCCGGCGUCGGCCACAGACGACGACUUUGUCUGCGUGCCUGGAGCAGACACCUGCAGCAACCACUCCACACCUUUGUCAAACGAGAAUGACCUCGAGUGGGAUGGAGACCUCUCAAGUGUCCAAAUGAGUGGGUUCGACAUGGAGACAGAACAGCUCAUCUCCGAAAUCGAACAGAUGACUGCGGAGGCACUCCGGGAACCCGUUGGAGUCGUCAGAUGACCGAAUCAGCAAACCGCAUAUGCCGAAGAAAGGUGCGUGGCUUAGGCCAGCCUGACCUGUCUCAAAGCACCAUGCUGGUUGAGAAGUUUGUCCUAGGCUCCUUCUGGGGGAGGGAACCAGGCGACGGAAAGGGUUUACGUGGUUUGUGGCGUGUUUGGUUUCCUCAGACAGAGCUCUCGUGCUCCGCUUCACAUCAACGAGGGUACGAGCACAUCUGAGCCUCCAUUUGAGGUGUUUAACGUGUGGUUCUUUUUAGAACGUGGAGUUGAUUACUUUGUGUCAGAGCUCAAUUUGAGUGCAAAAGGAAGGCAAUCUUACGUUCCAGUUGGUGCCAUGAUGGUGUGCUAGGGGGCACAGCACAAACAGAAAGUGACUCUUUCGUUGUAAGUGCCGUGGUUUGUACGGCGAGACCUCCAGACUUUGGCGUUGUUUGGACAUGGAUAAUGAUCUCCUUCGCUGAACAGGUCUGGUUCCUUGGUUACAUUGAACAGCUAAAUUUGUUCCUCCUUUUUUUUUUUCCUUCAUCAAAGAUGGUUUUUGUUUUCUUCUAAAGGAACUUGUAUGGGUAUUCUGUGGCUGAGUGAAAUUAGCACCUUUGCACACAGCUACACUUCAGAGGAAAUGCCACGAAGCAGCGUGCAAAUAAAUGCGCGCUGUUUAGUUUCCAGUUGACCAGCAAGACUCAAUGUGAAUCUUUGAAAAUUAUUCUUGUGUAUUCUCUUGAAACUCACAGCUGUCUCUUUCUAUCCAGUUCAGCCAAUGUAAAGAGUGCAAAUACAUAAUUAGCACGAACAUGCAAUCCAGGUAUUUUUCAUCGUUUUCUUGCAGAAAAGCAAUGCGAAAGCAAAGUAGAUCAUUUUUUGCUGAAAUAACUUUCUAUUCCGAUCUUAGGCUACAGUAACAGAUUAACUUGCAUCGGCUGGUCAUCUUCUGAUGAAGCAAAUAGAACUUCAACAUGUGCAUGAAAGGCUCAUUGGCCAUUUGGUCAUGUUUUAAACACAUUUUCAAUGUUGUGACAUUUUCAAAGUCUGCUCUCGACUUGAACCGUCGGAUUCAUAGAUAAAUAUACUUGCGCUGGUUCUCUACCCGAUACCGUAAACAAGCUUUUACUUCUGUCAAGCUCACCCAACAAGUUUUUUUUUUUUUUUUCCCACGGGGGUAGAGGCAAACAAAAAUAGCUGACAAAGCCUCGAUGCCAUCUUGAAGCAGUGUAAAUACUCUCCGAUCUUAAUGCAGACCUACUCGGUCAACUUAGAAUGGUUCUGCAGGUGCCCAAGCAAAGGAGGCUUCACUGUAAACAAAACAUCAACUCUUUCCACAGAGCACUGAGAGGACAAGAGCGGCAGGAGGUCUUUCAAUCUUCCUGCCCGCAGUGCAAGCUUCUUACCUUCAAUAACACUUUGGCGUUUCAUGAGCUUGGCGCAUGCAAACAUGGCCAAAGCACAAGGGAAGGCAGCGAGCAUGUGUUGGAGGCUGGGCAUUACCCUGCGCUUCUUGUCCUGUCUGUGUCUGUAGUUGUGUGCUGCUCUGAGAAAGUUUUGGGAGGGAAAGUUUACAAACCUAUUUCCCUACUUGCUUUCUGUAUUCUUCGUCAGUGUUGCUGCCAAUCCUUCUGGUCCAGUAUUUUCAGAGACCUUGUGUUACUUUACACUUUGUGCGUCUAUUAAGGAAUUGUGACACGUCUUCAGCGUGUAGUGAGACACGUUUCAGGAAGAGAUCAAAGUGUCCUACACAUAUGUCUUUCACAAGCUGGCAGCUUUACAGCCUGUCAUUGUACAAAGAUACAAGAAAAUUUCAAAGCAUCCAUAACAUUAGACACGCCUUCUUUAUGGUGAUUAUAAAAAUUGUAUUCAACUUCAAACCAAAUCACAAAUAGGACUGCAGUUGAAUGCUUGCAAUGUUCUAAUGGCACAAGUAGCUUACAUUGAGGUUCCAAAUUCAAUUUCGAGUUCUUUAUGGCGAUGCAAGUGUUGGCCUUCAUAGGCCUCUAUGUUAGCAAAUCACAAUGGGAUCAGCUGCAAGAAUUAGAGAGUGCUAGUUGCUUCUUAUUUCAGAGGGCUUCCCUAUGGUCUUGGUAUGGUGCUGUGCUCUAUUUUUGGGAGCAAAAAAAUGGGAGUGAGGGGGGGGGGGGGGGGAAGAAGAAGGGAGGUGACGUGACGUGACGAGGGAAGGAGAGUCCCACAGAAUAGUGGUGCUUGUUUUAACUUGUGCUGAAAGCAGUUCCAAAGUUACCAAGAAAGUAUCUCCCAUCCAUGGAAUGUGGUCUUUGAUGCAAGGCAAGAACUUUUAGAGGGGCACUGACACUCCAAAGGUCAUCUUUUUUGUUGUUGUCUAAAACGAUGCAAGUUGUAGUCAUAGACAGAAAAAAUGCCAUAAUGCAAAAAAAAAAAAUAUAUUUUCCUAUGUGCACAUAUUUUUUUUUAAGUUUUUUACUCCCUCUUCCCACCUCUUUUUUUCUUUUUAUUUGUGACGUAAAAAAAUUAUGAAAUUUAGAAGUGUAAGCGACAUUUUUAUAUUUAAUAACAGCAUUCGUAAAACAAUUUUUAGUGCAAUUGCGAAAGCACUAGGUGGUUCGGAAGUGGGAGAGAAACUCGAGUUGGCAGGACGACUUAAUCUUUGACAUCACUGUACUGGCGCAGAUCGCACGGGAACUUCAAGUUCGGCUUUGGGAAAUUGUUUUUUUACUUCACAAAUAGUGAGUUCUCGAGUUUCGAAUUUUGUGGGUAAUGUCCAGGCAUCGUUUUCAAUCGUUUGGGAUAAUAAAAAAAAAAAAUGAUUUUGACCUGUCAGUGCCCCUUUAAGUUCUGAUAAGGUCUUAUCAUCUUAUUAAGUGCAGGGCACCCCAGUGUUCCCACCAAUAUUUUAGAGCACUGUUUCACUUUGUCGAGACUGCUAGUCUGAAGUUUAGGCUCACUGUACGAAGAAAGUGUUUAGGGCACUGUUUGUUCUGCCUACUGCUUGAGAAGCCAUUCCGAUGGCAAAACAAUUGUCUUUACCAACAUUGUGUUCACUUGAACAGCAGUAGGAUCAGAUAACUAUCACAGCAUCCUUAGCAAUAAACUGCUCCGCAUAAAAGGCACCUCUAGAUAGUUCUUUUCUCGCAAGCAAAGACUAGUGAAAGGAACACUAGCUAUUUCGAACCCAAUGUCGAAAGGCAGGCUCACGAACCGAAACUAAGGUUUCCCAGAGAGCAGCGAUUAUGCGAUAGCUGCACUCAAGUCUGUAUAUGCCGACGGGUAAUGCACCUAGGGUCUCAACUCGUGAGAAUUGCACCUCUAGGAAAUGGAGCAUCCGCAGAGAUGUUACCUUACGUACGUAGAGACUUGUGUGUCGAUGUGGUGUUCGUGGGAUUGUGGUGUAGAACGGUGUUCUGGUUCUCAUUACUGAUUGUCCUCGUUUUGUGUUGCGUUCAUUCUGAGCUCGUGCAAGGUGCAAGCAGGAAAAAAAAAAGUGGAUCAAAGAGGAUCUCCCAAAAUGGGGUACAUCUUAUGCCCUGGGAUUUCUUUGAAAUUGGGUGCAGAGUUUUGUCGAACUGACCGACUUGGCGUGCUGCCUUUUUCAGUAAGGUUGAAGUGUGGAUGUCAAGACUGUUUGAGAAAGGCUCGAGAUCUGCACUGAUAUCUGUUUGCUGCUGUGAUCAGAUUAUGACAGACAGAAAGGGACCAACUUGUCAUGCUUCCUUAGAGGGGAUGGGCAGUACCUUGAGGGACAUUUUAGAAAAGAUUAUGAAUAGCAUUGUUUGCUGCUUUGAAGAAAGCUAGUGCAUACUUAGAACUUUGGCAUUGCAUGGGCAAACACUAUUCUGUUGCAUACCUUGACCUUGUGGGCUUCGUCUGUAUGACCCACGCCUCGGCAGUUUAUGCCACUUAACAAAGGCUAACCUCCAACUUUAGAAUCAAUUUGGUCUAGGUACUUAACAACUACUGAAACUUUGGUGCCAUAAAUGAUUGAAGGAAAGUACUGUGCGGGUAAAGGCUGCGAAGUGAAGACAGGACAAAUGCUUCAAAGGAAAAACAGAAUUGGACUAUCAUGCCGACUACUAUCAUAACACCUAUGAGAUUGCAACCAAGAAUGAAGUGUGUGAGAGUUGAUUGGAAAGCAAACAGGUCCGAGACCAUGGGUGUGUGAGACCUUCUUCACUUGUAGUUGCAAAGCAACAACUGAUAACAAAUGUAUUUCCCAGAAAGUAGUUAUUAACAUUUAAAACACUUCAAACUUUUAAAAACAAAAAUCCUCUUAUUUUUAGUUGUAAUGAAUUUGGAAAGCUGAUGUUAAAUAUUUCAUUUUUUGGGCCAUUCUUCAUGGCCCCCAACAUUUGCCAUUUCCAACAAACCUUGAGCUACAAGGCAAAAGUUUCAAACACCCCUUAAUUUUAGCGAUUCAGGAAAAUUGGAAGUCCACAAAAAUUAAAAGUUUUACUGUAUUUCUUUUAAGCUUGCAUCAUGUGUAACUGUUUGCUGCUUGAACAAUUGGCCUGUAGUUGCCAUGCCUCUCUGUAUAAGAACUGUAUUGAAGAAAGGUUGUGUGCAUGUAUAUAUGCUAGCUUGUACUACACUACAUGCAUACAUAUCAUAAAUCAGAUGACGAAGGAAAAUAUUAAAUGUCAAAAUGUUUACUUCUAGGGUCUGAGGACCGAAUUGAAGUGACUGGCAUGUGUUCACGAGGGAUUUCAGUUUUCAUUAUGAAAGUAUUUGUUAUGUCAUUGAUUUCUUGCCUAGACACAUAUUAGGAGGUAUCAUUAUCAAGCAUCUAUGAUUUGAGAGAGGUUGUAUGGUGCCUGGAAGAUUUCUGAGCUUGGGUAUUGUUUCUCUGGUCAUACUUCACGUUUGUUUUGCUAUCAUUACGUAGGUGUACAUUUUGUCAAGGGUUUGUAUGAGCAACAAAUAGAAAGUUGCAUUUUCUUGUGCAUUGUAUAUAAUAUGUGUUGUGUCUAGUCACGUUUUGUAAGAAGUUGAGAACAAUCCUAAGCUCGAUGUCAUUGCUUAUGUUAUGUACAUGUGGAACAAAUAUAUUUUCCUCGGAUGCAAGAUGGCUUUCUAAUAAAAUAGAAACAAAGUGA